CCCCAUUCAAUGUUAAGCUUGAGUUGAUGCAAAGAGGGAAUAAUAUGCAUGGUGUAGCCGGAAAAACGCAAUUUGUUUGUGCGAACUAGACAAGUUUUUGUCAUUUUCGCAAAGCGUGCAAAUCGUGCGACUUUAUGUUUACUUUUGAACAUAAUUUUGGGCGUGAGGCUGGUCUUGCCACGGAUCAGACUACUGAACAUUCUCCCGAGUUAGGUGUUUACUCAUCAAAUAUAAUGUGACCCAUCAAUCAGAGGUAGAUAUCGGAGAUGGAGGUCGGAGGUGGAAACCUGUUUCAUGUGUUCCCCUUUCGCUCAAUCCAUCCACAACCGGAAAACAAAAUUUCUAAACAAGAUGCCAUGUACUCUGUCACUCCUAGAAAUUUGCUAAAUUGGGGUGGCUUUGUGCUGUCCAUAAGGGGAAAUGUUAACGGACAGGACUUUGUGUUGUGAUUGAAACUCAUGUUUUAAUGAUCAAACGAAAGCAGCGACUUGAUACGAUAUACACGACCUUGAUUCUAACGAUAAACCUGUGGUACAUGGUUGCCGUGGUUUACAUCAGGUAGGAAUGUUGUUGGUUGAAAAAAUAGCAACAAAACCUAAGCAUCCCCUCCAAACGAAACAAAUGAUCUCAAUCAAAAUGUUAACAUACCUAUAUCCAACAUCAUUUACAAAUUUCACAAUGACGCCCCCCCCCGCUUCUUCAGUCCUCAUCACAACAUGUGCGUGCAGUUAUUUUCAGUUUGAAUGUGCAGUACCUUCUAGAUAGUGAAGGACACUACAUGUGCUUACAACAGAUUCCAUUUCCUGGCAAACAGGUAAAGUCGAUUUUGCUUUGUGUGCAAAGUACAUGUAUACGAUGAAUUAAGGGAUGGCAUUUCCGUGUGGGCUGCCUGGUUGUCCUUGAUGUCACCAGUGAACCGGUAAAGUUCACGAGUUGAUUCCUCUCUCUACAAUGGGGGUGAAAGGGAAUCAUGCAUAUCAGCCGUCGAGCACAAUGCAUAAUGACGAGACGGCAUUGGGAAAGUACCUCCAAAGGCCCGUGAUGUCAGUACUUCAUGCAAUUUAAAUAUACGGUCACCAACCGAUUCGCUCGACUGCGAAGUGGUUGGGUUGAAUUAACCGCGCCGACUUGUUUGCUCCCGGCUCAUCAGUGCUCGUGUACGGUUGUUCAAGAUGGCACUCAAAUUCGGGGGAGUUAUCCCUACAGCAGUUCAUCUGUUGAUCAUUCUGCCCUGGAUGGACCACCAUGCCGUUAGAUCGCAGCCCAUGUUAGAUGAAGGGCCACAGGAUGCUGCUGUUCACGUUGGUCAAGAAGUUACUUUCGUCUGUGAUCUGAGAAAUGUUGGUGACUAUGGUAUCUUUUGGUUUCAACAACAGAGAAAUAUGUACCUGACCAGUGGUAGACAAGUCAGCGACAAUCUACUGCGAAGUGAGCUACGAGAGCGUGUGUCGAUAGUUGGACGAGCUGAUCAGGAAGAGUUUAAUUUGAAGAUUGUAAAUGUGCAGGUGGCUGAUGAGGGUGAAUACUUUUGCCGACAUGCUUUGCCUGAAGGUGAUUAUACAAAUUCUGGCAGGGCCGAACUUCUUGUUUUGAUCCCUCCCACUCCAGAGUCACCUCUGUGUGAGGUUAUUCCCCUCUCGGUGAAUAGUGAUCACUUUGACGUGGGCGAUGAAGUGCAACUCCACUGUUACCAGAAAGGUGGGAACCCCCCGCCCGACCUCACAUUUUUAAGGGAUGGCAACCAGCUGUCCGGUCCUGGCCGAACGAUCACCCACCGGUAUCUACUCAGUGAAGAUGACAAUGGUGUGACCUUCACUUGCAUCAUGACCACACCCGCCUUGAAUGAGCCACGUAACUGCUCUGUUAUACCACUGAGUAUCUCGCCGAGUGCAACUAUCUCACCUUCAGUAUCCUGGGUUGAGGAGGGUACCUCAGGAUUAUUUGAGUGUUCUGGAGAGGGUAUUCCUAAUAUUGCCAGAUACAGGUGGAGAGUGACUAAUGCUAAUACUAGAGGCAUGCUACCCACAAAUAGGUACACAACUGCACAGUCUGCAAAUGGACAGUCUUUGGAGAUAGUGGUGACUGAGAAUCUUGAUUUGUUAUGCAUAGUUAGUGUGCCAUCUGGACUGUCUGGUAAUGCCACCGCGACGGUUCAAGUUAAAAAGCAGGAUAUGACGACAUUGAAUGCGGGGUCAACGGUGCAGACAAGCCCCACGACUAAACCAUCGCCGCCCGCUGCUUUUCCGAUCGCUGCCGUAGUAAUACCAUUGCUUACAGUGAUGGCGGUGUUUGCAGCCUUCAUUGCUCUAUGCCUGUGGCGGAGAAAACGGCAAAGAAAGCUGAAUAUUUCCAUCCGAUACAAAACGAGUGUCAGGUGCGACGAAUCAGAUUACGGUGCCCAAUCGAGGCGAGACGGCCAAAUAACUCACGCUGGAAACGAUUUUUCUGCCAGUACAGGAUCAGAAGUAGAUACCAGUCACAUGACAUAUAACCCUUUAUACGCAACGUCAGACAAUCACCAGGUAGGACAAACACCGAACCAGAGUUAUAGGCCUAACCAGCCCUCAUCGAAGCCCAAACCAGACAUGCGAGCUGUUACUCGUCAGCAAGACGCUAUUGGGAGUCCCGUCGAGUCUGUCGGUCAUCCACAGGAUAUUCCACUUUACUCCACACCAAAUAAGAAAGGCAAGGGCUUGGGAGAGCUCAAGUACAGCAAUGUACCCGUAGAGGAGCCUGAAGAGACAGAUUCCGGGCUGGUGUACGCGGAUCUCGACCUGGAGGAAUCAUCACCGAGCAAAGACAUCGAUAACAACGGACUACCCCCGGGCUCAGACCAGACCGUGUAUGCAAUGAUUCGUAGUUAAAAGUACGAGCAACUAAACGGCACCCAACGUAGGAAAAACUUCCUUCUUUUCUUCUGUUUCUGUUUGAUACUAUACAAACAUCACCAGAUGAUGGUAAUUAUAGCGCAUAGGUGGGUGUUGUGGUAUAAAUGGCGCAUAGGUGGGUCUUGUGGUAUAAAUGGAUUUUGUAAUGUGCUUUUUUAUCAAAUCAUCCAUACUCAUUUGAUCCAGUCUCUCGUUGAAUGUUUUGAAGUCAGAUAAAGCCCUGAAGUUUGGGGGUGUUCCACUCAUCCCACGAGUUGUACGGGAGUAAAAUGAAUAGGCCUACUGAUAACAGUUAUUGUUAAAUGACGGAGUUUCGACAAUACAGGGUCUGUUUUGCUGUCUGGUGGAGUUUAUAAUGUGCCCACGACAAACAACAUUUUGAUGGGGAUAUGUUGUGAAUUCCUUGAAAAUGGAGAAGCCUGCACUGAUGCGACGACUUGCAAGAGGCUCCCAUAUUAAGGUGUCUGCAACACUUGCUCUUCUGGUGUAGUCGGUCCAGACAAAGCGAGCAGCCCGGCGUUGGAUUCCUUGUUAUUGUGAUAAGGGAUGCGUGAAAUCUUUAUUGCCGCAUACCAUAUAUGGAAUCCCACCACCAACGUAAAUAUAAAGUGAAAAUAACAGGAAUGACAAAUUCAGCCAAUCGGGCUAAAUAAUACAUGUAUUGAGAUAAGGCCGUGUCCAAAAUGGUUUUCUGUCGCUAGCAUUUGUACAAAAGUCUAUGAUGGUGGCUGAAACAACUUCUCAUAGAGUUGUGUGUAAUUUCAAGUCACAGUCGAUACACGGCUGUAUUCUCACUAAAUACGGCAUUUAACAACCGAUGAAGUCCCAAGUGAUGCCAAGGUGUACUGCCUAUUACUUCAUCGUCCUCAAGGUUGCCACCACAGCUUAAGUUUCUGUGAGAUGCGGGAACAUAAUUUGGCAAAACUAUGAAAGGCCGUGGGUACAAAUCAAAGAAAAGAAUCACAAAAUUUUUAAAACGAAGGCUGACGCAAAUGUCAAGACACAAAAUUAUUAAUACUUAUGGUAAAACUACGUUAAAAUUACAACCAUUGCAGCACUAGUGAUUAAGCCAAAUGUGCAUUUUCAGUCAUAAGUUGUUGCCAACCAGAAUGGAUUUUCUGCUAACUUCGGCCUUCCAUACAAAAUAGCAUUCAGUUUUUGUAAAUACAAAAAAGGCCUACAGUGUGUCAAUUGCACUAAAUUUUCAAAGAUGGCAUAAGCCUUUUCCAAUGCUUUUCAAUGAUUUUAAUUAAAAUCAAAUUCAUUGUUGCAAUAAACAAAACGAGAAACAA